CGCACCAAUCAAUGAGUAACUGUAUGGUUUGAUCCUUGCGUGCCUUUGGCAACAUGAUUAGAGUAGUAAUUGAAAUUAUUGGUUUGCUAUUAGCAUCACUGGUCAGCGCAAACUACCACGACCCGAAAACAGCAGAUGGCCGGUCAAGUAUCGCCCAUUUAUUCGAAUGGAGGUGGGCAGACAUAGCUGAAGAAUGUGAAGUGUUUUUAGGCCCGUAUGGGUACGGAGGAGUUCAGGUAUCCCCGCCAAAUGAAAACGGAAUUGUGUGGGCUCCAGACUGGAAGCUUGAGGUCAAAAGACCAUGGUUUGAGCGUUACCAACCAGUAAGCUAUAAACUGAACUACACUCGAAGUGGCGGAGAAAACGAGUUUCGAGAUAUGGUGAAGCGAUGUAACGAUGUUGGUGUCAGGAUUUACGUAGAUGCAGUGAUCAACCAUAUGACUGGAAAUAUUGGUGCUGGUCAUGGAACUGGAGGAAGCUACUUCGACCCUAUUGCUCUUAAGUAUGAUGGAGUUCCUUAUAGUGAUUGGGACUUCAAUACUAAUGACAAGUGUGGGACUCCUAGUGGAAAUAUCGAGAACUACGAUGAUUCCUACCAAGUACGAAACUGUAGAUUAAGUGGCCUUAAUGACCUGGAUCUCGGUAAAGAUUACGUACGUGGAAAAAUCAUCGAAUAUUUAAACCAUUUAAUUGAUAUUGGUGUCGCCGGAUUCAGAGUGGACGCUGCUAAACACAUGUGGCCUGUGGAUUUGAAAGCCGUAUUUGAAAACCUUCACGAUCUUUCAACAAAAUGGUUCAAACCCGGAACUAGGCCGUUUAUUUUCAUGGAGGUCAUUGAUCUUGGAGGCCAAGCAAUCAGUGUGCGAGAAUAUAAUCACUUAGGUCGAGUGACGGAGUUUAGAUACGGCUACAAACUUGGAAAUGUAAUACGGAAAAAUGGAGGUGAACAAAUGCAGUAUUUGAGAAAUUUUGGUCAAGGAUGGGGGUUCGUUCACGAGUAUGACGCCCUCGUGUUUAUCGACAACCACGACAACCAGAGAGGCCAUGGAGCUGGUGGGCUUGACGUCAUCUUAACCCACUUUGAGUCUCGGAUGUACAAGAUGGCCACUGCCUUCAUGCUAGCAUGGCCUUAUGGAUUUCCUCGAAUUAUGAGCAGUUACAAUUGGCCACGUCACAUUGAAUGGGGCAAAGAUAAAAAUGAUUGGGUUGGUCCACCCCACGACGACGACUACAAAACGCUACCCGUGAUUAGAAAUUCUGACCUGACAUGCGGAAAUGGAUGGGUUUGUGAACACAGAUGGCGACAAAUUUACCAUAUGGUAAAGUUCAGGAAUGUCGUGGGAGCCCAUCAAGUGGAAAACUGGUGGGAUAACGGUGGAAAUCAGAUCGCUUUCAGUCGAGGCAAUCGUGGCUUCGUCGCCAUCAAUAACGAGAAUUUUCCACUCAAUAAACGUUUGCAAACUGGUCUAGAAGCUGGAAGUUACUGUGACGUUAUUUCUGGAAACAAGAAAGACGACACUUGUACUGGUCAUGUUAUCGAAGUUGACGAAUUAGGAUAUAGCCAGAUUUUUAUAGACAAUAAGUGGGAAGAUCCAGUCUUAGCAAUUCAUCUAGAGGCCAAACUUUGAAAUGACUGAAAACGAAAAUCACGAUAAUCAAACUGUUUACUUUUAUUUCUAAUAAAAAUGUUUUAUGUUAUUAAUUAAUAUUAUUAAUUCCGUAAGAAUUUAGUAAAACCUUAUGUUUCUUUCCCUAUAAUUUGAUUUUCAUUAUUUAAGUGGUUUGUACUCAAUGACAUUGCUACUUUUAUAUAAUUUGAAAUGUAUACGUUUUUUGUUUGUUUGUAUGUAGUUUAAAUAUAAUGAGCUAUCGGUGUUCUGCCAGCCACGGUUUCUAGCGUUGUAAGUCUGCAGACAUAAAAUUCUAUAAUAAACGACUUCUUUGCCCUUGGUU